UGGUAGGGGCUCACAAUGGCAGGCACUAAGCUAGUAGCACUUGGGUUCCUUGUCCUCAUGAGCAUAGGGUUAGCCAAUUCUGUGAGGGUGGCUAGAUACUCUAGUGCCGCUGGAACUGGCAAUGGAGGGGGAGGGGGUGGAGGAUAUGUGAAUGGUGCGGGCUCAGGGUCAGGAUCUGGUACUGGAUCUGGUGAGAGCGGUUCAUAUGGUGCCCAUGCAACUGCUGGAGGGGGUGGUAGCGGGGGUGGCAGUAGCCAAUACGGUGGGUCUGGAUAUGGUGUAGGUUCUGGAUCAGGUUCAGGUUCUAGUCAACAUAGUGAAGGAAGGUAUCAUGGUUAUGGAGAAUCUGCCAAUGCUGGUGGUACUGGUGGUGGCGGCGGUGGUGGACAAGCUGGAGGUUAUUGGGGAUCUAGUGGUCAAGGGUCUGGUAGUGGCACUGGAUCUGGCUCUAGCUAUGCAAAUAAGUACUAUUACGGACCAGGUUAUGCAGGUGCAAAUGCUAAUGGCAAUGGUGAUGGCAAAGGCACUGGUGAGAAUGGUGGGAGUGGCGGCGGUAAUGGAGGUGGAUCUGGGUAUGGUAAUGCCAAACCCUAAUUUCUGUUACCCCGUCAAUCUAAAAGUGGAGUCCAACUUUUGUUGUUUCAAUGUAGAAUUUUGGUUUUCCAUGUACUCGUAUUACUUUUUUGGUAGAAACAAAUUAAUAAAGGACCCCACUGCUCCAUAGUGUAAGUGCAACUUUGGAGACGUUGUAACCGCGUCAGCUUAUCGUUGAAA